AUGACGACCAAUCUCCCGUCAAGCUUCGCGUCUGCAGCAGCUGGUCAAAAUGCCAAUCGCGAUUCGAGGGGUGCUAGAGCGGAUGGACGAGGUCCUGAAUGGUCUCGACGAGACGGACGAUCGAGCAAUGGUACGCUCACCUUCCGUCGACCUUCAGCCGCCCCUCAGAACCAGACCCCCCAGUCCGUCACCGCCCCCGAUAACACGAUGCAAUUCCCCACCGCCGAUUCGACGUCUACGCCACAGGCUGCGCCUGUACCAACCGAUCUGAGCGCGGCGAGGUACUCUAAAGAACACCUUCUCGGGCUCUAUAGAGAUGGAGUUGGUACGGCAUCCCAGGGAAGCAUUUCUCGUCUAUACAUGGACGGAUGGAAUCCCGGAGCGGGUCAGCUUAAUGGCCACUCAUCACGGGGCUGGGGGAAGCCGCAGGAGCCCCAGCCGGUGCAGGACCCUGAUGUCUGCUGGAACUCGGCGGCCGACAUGAGGCCUCUCGGACUGCAGGAGAUGUCCUUGGAGGAAAAGGAGAUGUUCCAGUCCGAUGUCAACUCCCCGAUGAAACCCCCUCCGCAGAACAAGGAUGCCAACCAGACGGCCGGCCCCAACGGCCGAAAGGCGUCCCUAUCUCAGGGCAGCGGACAUCCUUACAACGUCACGUCGCCGACCUCGGCAAGGCCGGGAACUCGCCGACGAGAAUCCGUCGAACCGAGUCCGUUCUCUCCUUCCAUCGCGUCCCCGACCGCCGGCAUGGGCCGAUACACGAGGGAUGAGAAUUUCCCGUGGUUUAACAGGAAGGGGACCGACAUUAAAGAGAGCGAUGCGACUGAUCCGGACGCCGAUAAUCCUCCCAAGGACGCCACCACGCCCCAGCCAAAGCCGUCAUUUGGAUCACUGUUGCGUAGCAGCACUGCGGGAUCCGGCGGACUAGGCAGCUUGUGGCAAAACCCCCAGCCGACGCCAGCUGGGACAGGUGGAUCUGGCAUGGGAAGCUUUGGCAACUUUGCCCUUCCAACCUCUGCCUCGAAACCUUUUAGUAGUGCUCGAGGCGAGAGUCGUCUUGCUCACCUCAUCCCCAAGGAUAGCUCCGAGAAUAUCGCUGCCAAGGCAAACGAACCUGCGAACCCUGACCUCAACCGAUCGUGGCGAUCUCGACCUCGAACGGACACCGACCCUUUCGGCGACGAUAGCAUGAGCGCUAGCGGAUUGUUAGGUUCUGCCCGUGGCGAGACUCCUCCCGUAUCCAAACAGGGUGGCGGGCAGGGCCCGUUCGACUCUACAGUGAAGGGAACUAUUGGGGAUUUAGGCCUGUCCGGACUUCAACUAGGUGACCAGGAUACUGCUGCGCCUCUGAGCCCCUCGAACACAAACCCUUACCGUAGCCCUCCGGCUGAGCGGGGCGAUGGUGAGGAUCAGGAAGAAUCCGACUUUGACCGACUUCGCUCGGGUGGAGCCGACCCGAUUCACGCAUUCGGAACAAUUCCCUCCCGAGGAUACUCAGCGAAUGCCUUCGAUGGGAGCGACAGAAGCCAAACCAGUAGUGCUGGACCAAAUCGUUACACUAGCCUGAGCUCUCUUGGCGGGUGGCCCGCGCCCCCUGCUGUCACGGGCACUCCCGACCGUGAGCGCUCUGCUUUCGGCUCCGCCUUUGGCAAUGCCUUGUUUAGUCCUGUGGGCGACAUGUCCUCGGCUGGCCUUGGGGCCCUCGGCGGCGUUUUCGGUGCUGCUGGAGGCGCGGGUUCCAUCGGGCCCGGUCGUGGAAGUAAGCUAGGCUCGUUAUUCCCUCCCACCAUGCAGGCUCAGAUGCAGAACCAAGACCACGAUGCCCUGAGUGACCACGACCUGCGACAGAACAACCCUCUUGGCGCCAUUGGCCGAAGCGCCAUUCCCGGUCCCGGCAGGGAGGGAGAGAAUCAACCCCGUCAAGGACAGGGAAUCUUUGAUGACGCCUUCACUGCAGCGUCGUCGCGGGCCAUCUUCACCUCCGCUGACGCUCAGCCCUCGCUUACCAGCGCUGCACCAUUCGCAGGCGGGCAGACCUCGGGAGAAGGACCCGGAGCCCAAGUGAGACAGAUGGUGAUGCCGGACCGUAUGCGAUGGGUAUAUCUCGAUCCUCAAGGCCAGGUCCAGGGGCCCUUUACAGGGCUGGAGAUGAACGACUGGUACAAGGCUAAUUUCUUCACGCCGGAUCUCCGCGUCAAGAAGAUCGAGGACCCCGACUUCGAGCCUCUUGGACAGCUUAUUCGACGCAUCGGAAACUCGCGUGAGCCCUUCCUCGUUCCCCAGAUUGGCAUUCCCCACGGGCCCCCACCUCAAACUGGUCCCUUCUCGCCCUCUGGCACUACCGGCGUGAUCCCGCCUCUGAGCGGCGUCUUCCCUAGCUAUGGAAGAACCCUUACCGCCGAGGAACAGAACAACCUUGAGCGCCGCAAGCAGGAGGAACAGUUCAUCAUGGCCCAACAGCGUGAGUUCAUGCUCCGCCAGCAAGCCCUCUCGAAGUUCCAGAUCCCCGGAGCCGCUAGCGCCAUCCCGGGCGCGCUACAUCACCACUCGAGCGCGCACAGUCUCCAGAGCCAGCCGAGCUUCGGAAACAUUGCUUCCCCGAUUACCGUUCCGGGCGCCCAAGGGGCUAUCGGCCAGGUUCCAGCAGCUCCUGGUGGCCCUGGAGGACUCUUUGAUUCCAGUCUCGCGCUCCCCGGCGGUCCUUCUGCUGCUGCUCCGGGCGCCAUUGGUUCCGGCGCCGAGAUUUUUCGCGACGAGGAGCUAGCCAACCUCUCGACUCCCGAGCGACAAGUCCUGGCUUCUCUUCACGGCCCCACCACUGCCCCCGGACCUUUUCAGCAGUCUCGCACCGGAUCGCAGGAUGAUGGCGGUGCCAGCCUCCGCGGACAGCUCCCCGCUACCGAGCAGUUGACACAGGACUCUCAAGGCUUUCGUGAGCGGCUAAUGGAGUUUGAGCUGUUGCAACGCGAGAGGGAGGAGGCUGCCGCCUCCGCUGCAGCCAAAUCUGUCACGCCUGAGCCUGAGCCUGAAGCGGAGAAAAUCAUUGCCCAGGAAUCACCUGCCGCCGCUCCGGUUAAGGAGUCGAGCCGAUCCAGGGCCAAGCAGCACGCGGAGGAGAGCCGACCUGCCCCUGUGAGGGAACAGCCCAAGAAGACGCAACCUGUCCCUUCUGCGGCAGCGUCUGCUGCCGCCGCCGCCGCUGCCUUUGGAUUACCCAUGCCAUUCCCUCCCCCCGAACCCCUCCACGAAGAGAGCCCCGAAACUGCCCCUGCCCAGCCCGCUCAGCCGCCCCCGAUGGCUCCUUGGGCCAAGGAAAUGAGCUCCGACAACCAGCACCACAAGGGACCCAGCCUGAAGGAGAUCCAGGAGGCCGAGGCCCGUAAGGCGGCCAAGGCCGAGCAGGUUGCCCAGGCUGCGCGCCGUGCCGCUCUCGAGCAGGAGGCAGCCGAGCUCCGCGACAAGGAAAGGGCCGCAUCCGCCGUCAUCCCCGGCCUUCCCACCAGUAGUACUUGGGCGCAGCAGUCCCCCGUGAACGCCACCAGCCCCUGGACCAAGCCCUCCGGAAUCAAGACCGUCGGUGCUGGCAGCGCCACAUCCGCGGCAGCUGAGAAGAAGCGCAAGACUUUGGCCGAAAUCCAACGAGAGGAGGAAGCUCGUAAGCAGAAGGCCAAGGAGAUCGCCAUCAACUCGGCCGUCGCUGCCGGACUCGGCGGUGCCGCUGCCGGCAAGCGAUAUGCGGAUCUGGCUAGCAAGCCGAACCCUUCUUCUUCGCCCAGCGCUUCGGCAGCUGCCGCUGCCCUCGCCGGCCCUCCUGGCAGCGGGUGGGCUACCGUCGGAGCCGGCGGUAAGGUUAAGGUCCCGACGGGCCCCGCUACUACGCAGUCGCGGUCCGCCAGUGUUAAUGCCAUGAAGCCGGUAGCUGCGGCCAAGCCCGUCGCUAAGCCCGUCACUGCUUCUUCGGGUAGCGCUGCUAAGGAUAAUGCUACCCUUGCCAUGGAUGAAUUCAAGAAGUGGGUGCACAGAGAGUUGUCCCGCGGCAUCACUGGCGUCGCUAACAUUGACGACUUUGCCGCGACUCUCCUCUGCCUCCCCCCCGACGCGGAAAUGAUCUCCGACGCCGUCUACGCAAACUCUACCACCAUGAACGGCCAGCACUUCGCCGACGAAUUCAUCCGCCGCAAGAAGCUUGCCGAGCGCGGCGUUGUCGAGAGGCAGCCCUCUUCUCUCGGAGCAGGAGACGCCAGGGCCGGAGGAGCUUUCUCAUCCUCGUCCGGAGCCGGCAGUGGUGGGUGGAGCGAGGUGGCGAAGAAGGGGGGCUACUCCUCUUCUGCGGCAGGUAGAGAGCAAGGAUCGGAUGCUAUUGCGGGUGCUGGGUUUAAGGUUGUACCGAGCCGGAAGAAGGGAGGCAAGAAAUAA